GCCUACAAAUACAUCAUCAGAAUAUAGUGAUGCUUUUAAAUUAAUUAGUAUAAAGAUUGAAAGAGAACUUGAAAAUGAGAUAUUUAAUACUAAUGAUCUUAGUGUAUUAAGGUCGAGAAUUCAG